AUGCCGUCUUCUCGCAUCGAAAACGCGACGUACGACGUCCAUUACAUCCUUUUCGGGUUGUUGGACUCGUCCUCACUCAAGUCUCUUAGCCUGUGUAGCUCGUCGCUACGCCGCGCAACGGCGCCACAGCUCUGGCGUUCCAUCCGUUAUACCUCCCCCAAAGCUCGACGCAAUUCUGCCUGCACGAUUAACAACUUUGCCACAUUCGUCCAGGACAUCUCGGGGACGUUCAUUCGCCGUCUUUGCCUAGAUUUCGGCACCAGCGGGCUCGGCCUCGAAGUCGGCAAUUCGAUGAUCGGUGAAGGGAACCAGAAUGUCCCUUUUUCCGAAGAGCUUGAGCUCAUCCUUGGGAAGCUUACGCGCUAUGCACGUAACAUUACGCAUUUGGAAGUCUGCUCGCAUCGGCACGGGGUGGAACACAACCCCGUUACCUCGACUUUUGAGAGAAAUCUGGGGUUCGCUCCGCACCUGAGGGUCUUCACGGCGAACAUGGAUCGAUGCGAUGCAAGACUCGGAAAAUUUUUACGUGCUCAUCCACAAUUGCAUACUCUACGUCUCCCGUUAUCAAUAUGCGAAGCGUCUCCAUUAGACGUUUACCUGCCCUCCCUCCAAUCCCUCCAUGUCCGCACGCCCUCCCAAUCUAACAUCAUCCGUGGUCAACCAAUCAAGCGCCUUUCCAUUGAUUAUAUGUCAACAAACCUCCAGCAACUUGAGCUUGCCCUCUCAACCAACGAGGACGAGAAAGCACGCGACCCCUUAGACCACCUGAGUAUGGGUUUCCACGGCGCAUCCACGGCUGCCCUUUGCGCGCCUAGCACGUAUUCGGACCUCUUUCGCAUACCCGCUUUGAAACGUCUCAGAAGUGUCGAAAUCAAAUUUCCCACUGUAGCAGCCGAACUCGUCAAUGGGCUCGCGGGAGUUGUGGAUGUUCUUAUUCCAGCCCUAGCAUCAUCUUUGGAAGAGCUGGCUUGGGAAGGCAGUAUAGCUGGGAUGGAUGAGCCGAAGCACCUCGAUGAAUGGGUUGGAGAAUGUUUUGAGGCUGGGAAGGCAUUACAAAGGCUAUCGGUCAAAUCGCGGAAUUCAUCGUGUCUUCAAAAUUGGGUUUUCCUAUACGAGAGACAGAUCGUGCAGGCUCGACAGCCGUGGAAGAUGGUGUAUUCUUCUCAGGAUCCGCCUUUCUGCAACUGCCUCACAAGAUGA